CAUCGUCACCACGAGCAACACAUGCGAUCUUCUGGUCGGGGCGAGACCAAUGCGUUGAGAGGUGUCCAUAUUCCCCAUUCAGAAAUUCAGGACCUCUAUCCUACACUCCAGGCCACCUCACCAUGGCUUCCGAAGCUAUGCGUCCUAGGGGCCGACCGGCCCAUACCCCCGGCACUACGGUGCUGGCAUAUACACCCGACGGGCGCCGUGUCAUCACAGGUGGUUCUAACUCGGCCAUUCGAAUCUACACCGUCGGACAGGAUGGCGAGCCGAAGACGAUCGAUGAAGGUGUUGAUGGACACCUUGGAAUUGGGGCCACCAAUGAAUCAUUUAUCAUGGGCGCGGAAGACGGCACAGUUUGGCAGUAUGAGAUCGAGUCCGGUCGGAUGGAAAAGCUCCUGGUACGAUGCGCGCUACCGGUACGAGAUAUUGCGGUUUCCAAGGAUGGGGAAUGGGUCGCGGUGGCAAGCGAUGAGCUUACGGUCAAGAUCGUGAACAUCGAGGACAUGACGCAGGUCAAAUAUCUCCGAGAUCAGGCCAAGGGUACGAAACACGUCACGUUUGAUCCGAGUGGCCGUUACGUGACCGUGUCGUGUACGGAUGGGAUGGUCUACAUUUAUUCGCUACUCUCCGAUGAGCCCGAGUUGGUCCGCAAGCUGGAUGGGGUGAUCCGAAGGCUGGAACCGGAGGAUGAGGCGACGUCGCGGAUUGUUUGGCAUCCGGAUGGAACGGCGUUUGCGUCUGCCGAGGCCACUCGGGACAUCGCUGUCUUCUCGGUGGGGGAGUGGAAGAAAGAGAAGGUGUUCUCGGGGGGUCAUAAUGGGGAUGUCACAGCGGUCAGCUGGUCGCCUAAUGGGGCGCUCCUGGCGACUGCUGGUGCUGAUGGACAGGUGCUACUCUGGGAGACGAAAACGCAAAAGGUUCUGGAGCGGUAUGACUUUGCCAACGUGAUCAACCUCGCCUGGCACCCGACCAACAACUCGCUGUCGUUCACGACCUCGGAUGGAGAGUUGUUUAUAUAUGAUGGGAUUGUGUCGAGAGAACACCAACCGCUGCUUCAGAAGCCGCUUCAGGCGGCGCCGAUCUUCUCUGGACCUUUGACCGACAUCUCCGACAAUGUGAGACGACCGCUGGCGAACCGGCCGAAGGAGUCGAUUGAACGGAGGGAAAGAGCGCGCACCCCCGAUUCGCUGGAUGAUAUUCUGAAUUCUGAUGUUGGUAUGGAGGACUUCGUCGAGGAUGACGAUGGAGCGGGUUACGCCGAGGAUAUCAAUGGACGGGGCAAGCGCGCGGGCUCGCAUCUAGACGAUAUCGAGGGCCAUGCGGACAAACGGCUGUUGACCUCAUUCGCGAAGCCCAAGGUUCACCUUCCUCUUCAGCCGGGCAGUACUCCCUGGAGGGGUAACCGGCGGUAUCUCUGUUUGAACCUGACCGGUUGUGUCUGGACGGUCGACCAGGAAACCCAUAAUACGGUGACGGUGGAAUUCUACGACCGGGAGCUCCAUCGGGAUUUUCAUUUCACUGAUCCCUAUCUCUAUGACCGGGCGUGUCUCAACGAGAACGGAACGCUGUUUUCCAACAACCCAACGGAUGGCAGCCCUGCUACGAUCUUCUACCGACCCCACGAGACGUGGACCACACGUGCGGACUGGCGGACCCAGCUGCCAAAGGGUGAAUUCAUUCGAGCGCUGGCGCUCAGUGAUUCCUACAUUGUCGCAGUGACGACCAAGGACUAUGUCCGUGUAUAUACGUUAUUCGGCACGCCCUUCAAGGUGUACCGACAGAAGAGCCCGGCCGUGACAUGCGCCGCUUGGCGCGACUAUAUUAUGACGGUGGGCAAUGGCCCGCUGGGAAGCGAUGGCCGCACGGCGACGCUACGAUACACGGUGGAGAAUGUCAAGCGGGAUGAGGUCUGUCAGAAUGAGGAUGUGGUCGCGAUCCCGGAGGGCGCAGAGCUGCGGAGCGUCUUCUUCUCUGAUGCCGGAGACCCCUGCAUCUACGACUCCGAGGGCGUGCUCCUCGUGCUGCAGCACUGGCGGACCAACGGUCACGCCCGCUGGGUUCCGCUCCUGGAUACCAAGCAGCUCGAGCGUCUUGCGACCGGCCGUAAGGAGGAGACGUACUGGCCAGUCGCCGUGGCUCAGGACAAGUUCCACUGCAUCAUCCUCAAGGGAGGGGAUAAAUACCCGUACUUCCCCCGGCCCUUGCUGAGUGAGUUCGACUUCCGCAUUCCCAUCUCCGAUACGCCUGGGAAGGGCACGGACGAGGAAGAGGCAGAAGGUCGGGAGGGUGCACGCUUCGAGGAAGCCUUCGUCCGGGGCAGCAUCAUGUUGUCGCUCUUCGAGGAUCUCUUGUCGUCGACCAACGCCACGACCGGGCAGCGGGCGGAGUUGGCGCGGAAGGAGGUGGAGGUGGACAAGACGCUCCUGCAGCUGCUGGCGGUGGAGUGCCGUGAGGGCGAGGACCGGGGCAUGAAGGCACUAGAGCUGGUGCAGAUGAUGCGCGACCGCAAUGGCAAGAUGGUGGAGGCGGCCGUGAAGAUUGCGGAGCGCUAUGGCCGCGGCGUGCUGGAGGAUAAGAUCCGCGAUCUGGCGGAGCGUCGGUACAUGGGCGCGGACGACGAUGACGAACUGGCAUGAUGUGGGAGAUGUAUAUGAGGGCGUAAUCAUAGAUACCAAUC